AUGGUUAAGGCAGAUCCUAGGUCCUCAAAAAGUGAAUCUCAAUUAGCCGGGAAGGGCUCGUGGUCUAGGUCAAAUAGCCGGACUAGAAAACCUCUGCUACCGAGGACUAAGUCUUCACAGAGGUUAAUUCGCACGAUAAGCGUUGAGCAAAAAAGUGAAGACGCGUCUAAUGCUCUUGCAGAUGAGCUAUCGAGUAGUUUGCUGCAGUUAUCUUUGGGGUCUGAUUCACAUGAAUUUAUUGAGGUGCCAUUUGUCAAGGCGACGUUGGACAUCACAUUGCCGAUGGAUUAUUUGAAGGUCGAUGUGUUACAUAUGAUCCAGAGCUUAAAGAUUCCCAAAUGGUGUAAGGCAAGCGGCAAGCCGCUUGUUACAAAUCCUAACGAAUUGACAUUGACUAUGAUCACAGGUACAAUGACGAACGCCAUCUAUAAGGUGGAAAGGAACAAGCAUACCAGGCUCCCUAGUUUAUUGUUGCGGGUGUAUGGACCGAAUGUGGAAUCGAUUAUUGACCGUGCAUAUGAGUUAGAAACAUUAGCAAGACUUUCUUUCCAGAAUAUAGGUCCUUCUUUAUUUGGGUGCUUUAAUAACGGUAGGUUUGAGCAGUUUUUGGAAAAUUCCAAGACGUUGACGAAGGAUGAUAUCAGAGAUUGGAAGACAGCACAGAGAAUAGCACGUAGGAUGAAAGAAUUUCACGGGGGUGUUCCUCUUCUUGAAUGGGAAAAGAAGCACUGCAUAGCAUGGAGUCGAAUUGACAAAUGGGUAUCCAAGAUGGAUUCCUCUGAAUGGAUUCAAAAUAUUGAUCAUUUGAAAGGAGCUUUGCUCACCUCAGAUUGGACUCAUUUCAAAAAUAUCAUCAACAAGUAUAGAUUAUGGCUUGAUGCAACCGGUGAAUCUUCUAAGCCUCUAGUAUUCUGUCACAACGAUACACAGUACGGGAAUUUGCUAUUUACCUCGCCUGUUAUUACACCGACGACAUCUACUCCUUUGGCAGCAUCUUCUUCAGCAACAUCAUUAUCUGAUUCAUUAUUCCUAACUGAGAGCAACAUAUCUUUAGAAGAUAUUAUUAAUCCAUCCGUUGAAGAUCAGAAGCAAGACUCCAAAUUGGUAGUAAUUGAUUUUGAAUAUGCAGGACCGAAUCCAGCAGCUUAUGAUUUAGCCAAUUUCCUAUCUGAGUGGAUGUCGGACUAUCACUGUACCGACUGUUACAAAACCUUUGAGGAUAAAUUUCCGAAGAGGGAGGAAAUUCUAAAUUUCGUUUAUUCCUACACUUCCCAUUUAAGAAAUAAACAACCUCCCGUGGAAGAAGAAGUCCGUAACUUGUACAAUAGCAUUAUCAGAUGGAGACCCUGCGUAUCCUUACAUUGGUCUUUAUGGGGGCUGAUUCAAAGUGGUAAGCUAGACAGUAAACCUCAAACCUCAACCGUCGUUGAGGAAGAAGGUCCCGGAGGAGAAAAAUAUAUAAUUACCCUCGAAGAUAAGGAGCCAUAUGACAGUGACGAUCUUACAUAUGAUGAGGACGUUAAUCCCAAUAACUUGAAGGAAGCAACAGGUGCAGAUAUCCACUCUUUUGAUUAUAUCUCUUAUGCCAAAGAAAAGAUCAGCGUCUUUUAUGGAGAUCUCGUACAGCUAGGUGUCAUUGAAGAAGCUGAUUUACCGGAGAGUACGCCAUUAAAAAAGUUGGACGUAAAGUUCUUGUAA